ACGAGGUUAGAAUCCAAGAGCUGCAGACUCAUUACACCGCAUUGCCAAGGUUGGCUCUCUGCUGUACUGGGCAGGGAAUCCAUUAGCUUCUCACCAUCUCUUCUGUACACCGCAUGGAGCCUUCUUGGGGAUUAGAUUAGUGACCCUCCGCUUCCCACUGGAACCCUGCUCCACCCACGCCAUGCAUUUCCUGCUGCCCUCGACAGCUGCGAGCUCCUUCUGUAUCUCUGACUCCUGUCCCAUCUGCUUUGGGGAGAGUAUGUGCUUCUGGAAACGGAAGCUGGUGGGAAACGUUAUUUUCUGUUUUUUGCUUCGAAAUCAAACUGUUCUACAUGAAUUGCUUGUUUUUGGUCAUUGUAAGACGCUGCAUCAUAUGUGGGCUAAAGUCUGAAAUUAAUACGAGCAUCCUGUUAAAAUGUCUGCCCAGUUGUCAGUUAAGCAUCACAACUGUUGCGUGGUUUCAAGGAGGAGAUCGAUACAUCUGCCUUUGCUAUCUCAUUGAUGAGGCCAUGCUUCAGAAUGUGGAUUCAACAGUAUUAUUAGGGUGUGUGUUUUUUGGAUGGAUUCCACUGUUCUUUGCAUUUAGAAAAAAAGUGUAUAAAUUUGUGCCUUGUAAUUCUACCUUUUAAGUUAAGGAAGAAAAUCCCAAAGGUACCAACAGCUUUAAUGUACCAUCAAUGGUACAGAAAUGUUCCCCAGAGUCCAUUUCUGUACCUUAAAAGGUACACUUACCUAUAGCUAAGGGUACAACUGGCAGACCCCUGAGGGUACAAACCCAGUGACAAGCAGAAUUUUUACCCUUCUUGAGAGUGUAUGUAGACAAGUCUUCUAAAUUUAUUUUGAUAUUGAAUUUAUAUAAUUUUAUAUUAUGAAGUCGACUCUCAUAAUGCUUCAGAUCAUUUAGUUUAACCUACCAAAGCUUUUUCCUUCCUUUCAGUCCAUUGAGUUGGACGCCUGCCUCAGACUGAUACGUGAAGCUAUGGAGGUAACACAGAGGGGAAUUCCUCCUCAGUCUCACAGCGGACAUGCUGCACUCAGAGCUCUGUUGAAUUCCUCCUCAGUCUCACAGCGGACAUGCUGCACUCAGAGCUCUGUUGAAUUCCUCCUCAGUCUCAAAGCGGACAUGCUGCACUCAGAGCUCUGUUGAAUUCCUCCUCAGUCUCACAGCGGACAUGUUGCACUCAGAGCUCUGUUCAAUUCCUCCAGAAGCAUCUGGUGCUUCAGACUUUCUGCGCUGGUGGCCAAAGUCUAGCCAGCGAACUUUUUAUAAAACACUAGAGAACCUUUCCGUUCCUUAACUGGAAUUGGUUGAAUUCAGAUUAAUGCAAAAGAACAGCGGCUGAGUAAAACCAUGACAUGCAAGUGGUAUGAAAAAAGUGAGAAAAGAGAAAAUGUGAAAAAUGGGGGAAUGCCGUAGCGCUGAGAGGGGAGGGGUGACGGCUCCAGAUAUGAGACGUUUUGCUGAAACCUUCUCAUUGUCGGUGCGAUUGAGAUAUUAAGGGAUCAUAUGUAGGAUUACAGUGUCACAGCAAGGAUGCAGAAUUACGAGUUACACCAGGCUUAUGGUGCAUUAAUGGAUUGGAUACUGUGUCGAUGUGAUGAAGUUUAUUAAUUAUUUGAUGUUAAUAAGCUGGUCCCUAAGUAAAUGGCCUCCCGUCCAGGGUGUCUCCCUGCUGUGUGCUGCCUAGAAUCUGCCCUAGGCUUUGGCAUAUCUAUGUACUAGUGGAUGAUAGAUUAAUGCGUGCAAUACUUAGGUGGGACAGGGCCGCAUGGUGGUGUAGUGGUUGGCGCUAAUGCUUCACACCUCUGGGACCAGGGUUCGAGUCUCCACCCUGAUUCCAUGUGUGUGGAGUUUGGAUGGAUGGACUUAGGUGGGAUCCAUGAAUAUAUGGUUUCUGGAAUAGACAAGUUUAAGGAACCCCCAGAGAAUCUCGCAGAAUCAGGACAUCGCUAAUCACGCUUGCUUUAAGGUACUGCAUACAAGGUCCUACUGGGAUUCAGAGCCAGAAACCUGAUUUCCUAAAUAAAAACUGGUUUCUUCAGUGAAAACGCUGCAAGGCUCCAGUACUGGUCAACUUUCACAUCUCUACUUGUGCUGCUUUCUUCAAAGUGGUGCUCUCCUAAUUGUUAACAGGUCAUGGCAGUGUUUUCAGCUUGAAGAUGGUGGUGGGGUGACAUGAUUAUCCAAUAAGAAUGCUCCUUACCUAAACUCUUAUUGGACAACAGUGAUUGUCCAAUAAGAAUGCUCCUUACCUAAACUCUUAUUGGACAACGGUGAUUGUCCAAUAAGAAUGCGCCUUACCUAAGCACUCAUUGGACGAUCAUGAUUUCUAGCUUAAGUUAACCAAGCUAACUGAGAACUCCUGCUUCGUAGACCCCCCCGGUCUCUGCAUACUUUAUCUAUUUAUGUAGUUUGUUGAUUAUGUCCUUUUUGGGGGUGCUGUGGAGUUUGCGUGUUUUUGCUCACAUGCAAGGGUUUCCUUCAGCUAUUUUGGAUUGCAGCCACAGUCCAAAGACGUGCUGCUAUGUGAAUUAGUGUCUGUGAGCUGCUCCUGGUAUAAGCACAUGCUCUGUUAUAGACUGGCAUCCUGGGGGGGGGUGUUCCUACAUCCUAGCAGAUGCUACAGGGCCCACUGUGGUUUCUGCCCUCACCACAGACCAGCAGUUCUCAAUCUUGUCCCUGGUGCCCCCCCCCCCAGCCAGAAUGCUUUCCAACUCAUACUGCUUUCAACCUGCCACAUUCAUCAUUAGCUGAUGAAGGACCAUCUGAGUCGCAUUAAAGUAUCGCUGGAAUCAAAACAUUCUGGUGGGAGGCAGUGAGCAGGAACAGGAUUGAGAUCCACUGCCAUAGAGCAAGUGUAUUUUAGCAUCCUGACCAACUGCAAACCUUUACAAGGAAAUAUGAAACUGCACCUUAGCGCCGUAUGAGGUCGCCUUUUUACACAUUUUACCAAUUUUAAAUAUGGAAAUGUCCAAAGAUUUUUUUUAUGUAGAUAAAGGCAAAAGGGGAGGCAGCCACUCACUAAAAAGUUCAUGCUUAUCCUUCCUCCCUCCUCCCACACAGAGACAGAUAAGAGGACCAUGUUUCAACCACGCUGUAGACGAAUAGUGCGAUGUGGAGAACAGACUGGACGUCUGAGGUCUGGUCCCCUGUGGAGGUUACAGGAUGCAGCUGCACCCUGUCAAGUGAAUUUUAAUGAAACCUGAAAGGUUUUGCUCUUUCUGUCCUCAGGCAGAGGAGUCACUUCAUCUCUUAUGUCUCUGGAGGGAAUGGGAGGGGCAGGUUUAAAGACAAAAGUGAGAGGGGCUGCGGAAUACACUGUAAUUGCAGACCCUGCUGUAAACUGUCAGGUAUUUAUGAUGGAAACUCACGGAUGUUCCUUGGUGGAGCCUGUCUAUUUGGAUUUCAGACUCAUUUUGUGUUUGUUUGGUGGAUUGAUUUCCAGUGCAUUUAAUCAGUCAUCCAAUCAGUUAAUAAUCUGUUACACUGUUUGACCGUUGCUGCAAAUUAUUCUCCAAGAGCUGCUGAUAGCCUCAAAACUCACCUACCCUCGCCGCUUUCUCACACUGAUGCAUGCGAUUUGCGGCGCACAUGCGCAGGCUCUCACGGCUGCACCCGGCAAGCAGACCGCACGCUUUUCUGCGCAGAAUCUCUGUAGCGCGUGUACAGCGGCAGGGCUCGAGACGAACUUUAUGCAUUGGUUGCACUGACUAUCUUUUUCAUAUAACGCAAACAUCCAUCCAUCCAUCCAUCCAUUUUCCGAACCGCUUAUCCUACUGGGUCGCGGGGGGUCCGGAGCCUAUCCUGGAAGCAAUGGGCACGAGGCAGGGAACAACCCAGGAUGGGGGGCCAGCUCAUCUAAGCACAGAAGAGUCGCCCUCGUAGGGUCUGGAUCCAAACUUUAAAAUUAUUCAACCUUUCCAGAUGUUUCUCAUGCUCUGUUCUCCAUCUUCCCUACAGAUCCUACCUGGGCGUCUUUCAUCUUGGGCGUGUUCGUGUGCCAGAACUGUUCUGGCAUCCACAGGAGCAUUCCACACGUCAGCAAGAUCAAGUCUGUGGUCAUGGACCCCUGGCACGCCUCGGAGGUGAAGCUGAUGUCUGCUCUGGGAAACAAUGCGGCCAAAGUCAAGUACGAGCAGAGAGUUCCACCGUUCUACUACAAGCCCACGUUCCUGGACUGCCAUGUCCUGCUUGAGCAGUGGGUCCGGGCCAGAUAUGAAAGGAAUGAGUUUGUUUGCGUCGACAAGCAGGAGCCGUACUCCACAGGAUACAGAGAAGGGUUUCUUUGGAAACGGGGGCGCGACAAUGGUCAGUUCCUCAAUCGAAAGUUUAUCCUCUCCGAGCGGGAAGGAGUCCUCAAGUACUUCAACAAGCAUGAUGCAAGAGAGCCGAAGGCGAUCAUGAAGAUCCAGACCCUCAAUGCCACCUUCCAGCCGAGCAAAAUCGGAAACCCUCACGGCCUCCAGAUCACCUACCUGAAGGACAACAGCACCAGGAACAUCUUUGUCUACCACGAGGAUGGAAAGGAAAUCGUGGACUGGUUUAAUGCCAUCAGAGCUGCACGCUUCCACUACUUACAGGUGGCCUUUCCAGGGGCCAGUGAGUCUGACCUAGUGCCAAAACUGACACGGAACUACGUGAAAGAAGGUUACAUGGAAAAAACAGGCCCAAAGCACACGGAGGGCUUCAAAAAGAGGUGGUUCACCAUGGAUGACCGGCGUUUGAUGUAUUUCAAAGAUCCCCUGGACGCCUAUGCCAGAGGGGAGGUAUUCAUCGGGAGCAAGGAGAACAGCUACAGCCUGCUGCCGAGCUUGCCCCCCUCCACGCAGGGCAACCGCUGGCCGUAUGGCAUCACCAUUGUCACCCCGGAGAGGAACUUCCUGUUCACAUGCGAGACGGAAGCGGAGCAGAGUGACUGGAUCGGUGCCUUCCAGGUGGUCAUCAACCGGCCCAUGCUGCCGCAGGAGUUCGCAGGUAGGCACAGGCCCGUGCUGCCACAGGAAUACGCAGGUAGGCACAGACCCGUGCUGUCGCAGGAGUUCGCAGGUAGGCACAGACCCGUGCUGUCGCAGGAGUUCGCAGGUAGGCACAGGCCCGUGCUGUCGCAGGAGUACGCAGGUAGGCACAGGCCCGUGCUGUCGCAGGAGUUUGCAGGUAGGCACAGGCCCGUGCUGUCGCAGGAGUUUGCAGGUAGGCACAGGCCCGUGCUGUCGCAGGAGUUUGCAGGUAGGCACAGGCCCGUGCUGUCGCAGGAGUUUGCAGGUAGGCACAGGCCCGUGCACACACAGGCUUCCGAAAUGAAGCAGCACUACACGCUUUAUACAGAUCUGAGCCCAGGGGUGGGCAGUUUUAUCCAGUUAGGGCCGCUGUGUAUGCGGGUUUUCGCUGCAACUCCCUAUUUAGAUUACUCAUUCUGAUUGGCUGACGAGUCCUCAUCUCUGACCUACAGGUUACCCCUAAGACCUGCAUACACACCAGUCCUUUGCUGAUAACAUUGCCCACCCGUCCUAUAGCUUCACUCAGUAAUACAGCCGUUGCCAAUCACUCGUGUACUUUAGUGCUGCCUGGUAGCUUCAGCCUGUUUUUUACCGCAGUGUUUUCCCAAGCCGGUCCUCAGGAAUCCGCAGAUAGCCCACAUUUUUGUUCCCACCCAGCUCCCAACCUAUCAGGAACACUAAAUACCUGGUAUGGGCGUGUUGGAAGCUGGGAGAGAGUAAAAAUGUGGACUGAUGCAGGUGACUGAGGACUGGGAUGAGAGGCGUUUUAGUGUCGGGCUUCUUCAGAUGGCUGAGUAGGUUUUGGAGCUGUGCUGUUGUUCUCUGCAGUUGAGGCCCAUUUCAAGCACAAACCCUAAGCGGAGUCACUGCCUCGAAGCCAGAAGGAGGUUGGAGUUGUGCCCGAGACGCUGGACUGGACGUGGCCAGGACAGGCAGGGGUGAACAUGAUUAGCCCCAGCACUCUCGCACACCCGUGGGAUGGACUUUUACUCCUUCUGGAAGCUUCCGGCAGGCUGCCAUCCCGGCCUGCCCCGGAUCUGUGUCAACACUUUCUCUAACAUACUGUACCUAUCCUUUAACGUUAGUGCGUCUCAUGCCCUGUAAAUGAAUGUUAAUUUAUUUGUACUGUAACAAAAGUAUGUACUGACUGGAAACAGACACAUGGGACCGGACCUGUUCCCCAUACAAGCGUCCUGGUGCUGGUGUUAAUUCUCAUUACAUGAAAGCUAGGCUUCACCUCUCUGGGACAGCAGAAAUAUGUUUUUGUAUUUAUUUAUCACUGUUUAUUUAUGCUGCUAUCCCAAGUAUUGGACCAUCCCAGUUUCCCUUCUAAAUCCUUUUCUAUAUGUUUGCAGCUACUGGCUUCUUUGUCAUUGAUGAGUGAAAAAAAACAGACAUGGGUUAUAAAGUCAACAAUAGAACGUGUUUCACUGCAUUUACCAUCAGAGCGCCCAAAUCGUCAGGGUGAUUUCGUUUGGUCCCUGAGUAUGCAUACAGAGCAGUAUCCAGAUGUACACGCCAUCAGUAAUACAACUGAAUUAAAAUGUUAUAUUCAAACGAAA